AUGGAAGGAUCAGCCGAAUCCUCCAAGCGCCCUUUGCUUGAGCAAGAUGAGGACCCCAAUCACGUGGCCCUUCCUCGAGUCCUACCACGAGUUGAUCGGGAUCGUGGCGAAAGCUCAGCACUUUUGGAGGACAGCGGACACCAAGUGAGUCCUCAAGGACGAGAGCCACCUCCAAGUAGUCUUCCCACUGGUGGAGUGCUUCACUUGUUCGCAGAGGGCGCAGAAAGAAGAGACGCGCUAAAUCCACCAGAGAGAGCGCAUGAAUCGCGGCCAAGUGCAUCGAGUGGAGAAUCCGUGGUCAUCGAGAUGCACAGCAUGCCGGAGGAGGGCUCCAGAGAACUUUUGCCGGUGGUGGCGGGCAUGUCGGGAGCCGCUACAAGACAAGGUGACGACAGGACGUGCUUCAUUUGCCUCCAGGAUGGCGAGAAGGACAACCCCUUGGUCUCAUGUUGCUCAACCUGUUACGCCUGUACACACCGACGUUGCUGGCGAGAGUGGCGGAACAAUCAGCAUCGUACAGCCCUGCGGUCCCAUUUGCUCGGGCUUCGCAUGCAGACCAAUCACAUGUUGCGGUGCACCAUUUGCAAAUCCGGCACAGCGAUGGUGGAGGGCGAAGAGAACGGCCUAUCUUGGAUGAACGAGCUGAUGUGUGGAGGGGAACCGAGUGAAAACAGCUUGCUGGGACGGCUAGUGGCACUGGGCAAUCGCAGGGAAGAUUCGGACGAGGAUCCGGAGGCACAGCUGGAGGACUUGAUUGAUACGCGCACGUGUGUGGCGCUGGUCAUUUACCUGGGCAUGCUCAUCGUCGCCAUCAUCAUCGCUUGCUUGCUGAUCGUCACGCAGGGAUUCUGGGCUGGAGACGUGGUGUUGUGUUGCAUCAUUGCGCUCUACGAACUCUCCGUCCUGCAGCUGGUGAUGCUCGCCAUCCUCCGACGCCGCGACGUGACGUUCACGGCGAGCACGAGCAGCGCGAGCACCGGGACGAGGCCAGCCGAAGAAACCCGCGAAUCCACGCAGCCCGUGCGGGAGAUUCAGCUUCGCACCUUAGGUCGAACCAGGGACGCGGUGGGUCGCGCUUGUGACUCGGGCAUCCAGGCGGACCGGAAGGUGGCUCGGCCCAAGGAGAGCAAAGCCGCUGCUUCGCAGGCGGAAGCCUUUGCGGCCGAUCCCUUCGGCGACAAGGGCAUCCUUUCGGCGGUGUCGGAAUUGAGUGACCUUCAGCAAGAAUGGAAGGAGAAGAUGAAACAUCCUUCCUUCAGAAAGGCAGGGCCUCCACGAAUGAAGCGACCCCCGCCGCAAGCUGUAUUGGAUGAGCAGGAGCGGAGGCACAAGAUGGAGGAGAUCGACACUCUGGAGCUUCAACUCAAAGAAGCCAAAAACGUGGCAGCGGCAGCCAGACGAGCUGCGCAAGCUGCUGAGCAGCUGGCUGAAGCUGCAGCAAAAGAGGCGGAGUCUGGAUCCGAAGAUGGUCAGACUUCUCAGCAUGUUUCGGAGAAGAAGGAGGAAGUCGACAUGCAGCACCAGGCAGAGGCACGCGUCCAGGCUCGGAGGAGACAGGAAGCGAAGGAACGGCGCGAUCGACAGCGCAAGGAGGCAGAGGAGAAGAGGCUCAAAGAGGCUGAAGCUGAUGCCAAAGCAAAAGAACUGGAACGGCAGACAAAAGAGAGAAUACAGGAGCGGAGACGUUCUGAGAGAGCGCGUGACCGACAACUUCAAGAAGAAAUGGAGCGUGAGUCAGAGCUCAAAGAGCAAAGAUCCCAACAAGCUGCGGAGGAGCUUCAGCAGCAAGCAUUAAAGCGCUUGGCUGACAAGGAGCAGGUUGAGCGACACUUGGCCGAUGAGCUUGCAAAGAUGGAGGCUGAGGCCAAAAGACAGCAAGCGCAAGAAAACCAAGCAAGAGCCGAAGAGCUGCGUCAAAAGACUCGCCGACGCAUGCAGCAAUACACACGCCAGCAGCGUGAUCAAUGGAUGGCGCAAGAGGAGGCUCGCAGGAGGAAGAUGGAGGAGGAAGCCCAGGCAGCCGACGACAAAAUCAUGCAGGCGAUCCAAAGCCAAGAGCGUGCCAAAGCACGGGCUGCCGGGUUCAAGCAUCGGGAGAAAAGUGUGGAAAAGGCACGGGCCAUGCUGGAAGAAGAGCAACAGAUCAGGCAACAGGAGCUGGCUGAAGUGGCCCACAUGGAGCGUCAGCGAAAGAGACAUUGGAGAGCCGAGCUAGCGCGUGGUGCUACACCACUGCGGUCCGAGGUGUCCUCUUCACGUGCGUCAAGCCAUCCUCCAUUGAGGCCAGCUCCGGUUCGACCGGUCUACGAGUCCUUCGGAGGUCGAAGUGCCGAAAGCAGCCGAGCCAGUACGCCCAAGUGCCCCAUUUGGUCGAUCGUGGAUGGCGACGAAUCCCGUCCGCCACCAAGGCCACUGCCAAGACCAACGCCACAUGAACAGAAGAAGGUGCCCUUGCAGAGAUUGACCAGGGCAGUGAGCCAACCUCCCAGUCCUUCCGCGCUAGGAAGUGGUGCGUGCAGUGGAGCUUCAACGCCCGAGCAUUGGGAUGAACCCAGCCACUUCGUGGAGGAAGUCACUGCUUAUCCUGAGAAUCCUAGGUGUGUCCAGGAGACUCAGGCGGACGAUGCCUCCACUCCAUCCUCCGUAGGGCCUGGAGCACCCAAAUCGCCCAAGCCAUGGAAGCAAAAAGCGAUACAGGUGAACUCGGCCGCGCACUACUUGGACGCGCUGAAAGCAGCUCGGGGUGUGGCCAAAGCCAAGACGCGGCCGACGCCCGGGAGCAAAGGAUACGCUGAGCAGUUACGUUUGAGGGCCGAAGAUGUGGAGGCCAAGCAGCGGGAAGAGGAGGAUGUGCGCAUGGAGCGAGGCUAUGCCGCAUUGCAACGAGUGCAACAACGUGCGCGACAGGCUGCCUCACCCACUUCGAGCUCUCGGCUGAGUGGCUGA